AUUAAAGCCCCUUGUUCUGUUCGAAGUGCGGCUUCUUCGUUUUAAGCACCUGAGAAAAACCUUUUCUCUUCUCAGUACAAGAGAUUGAAUCGUUCUUCGUAUCAAUGGCAUUUAGGCGUAGUCUUACCAAUAGAGCAACCAUAAUAGCUAGACGAUAUCGACCCUCGUUCGUUUACGUUCUCCAUGAAGACGACCGUAAAAAUCAACCCUCAAACGAGUUCCAAUCUCAUCAAAAACUUGCUAAUUUUGCUCGAGGAAUGUCUUUUGGAACUGGGUUUAGUAAUUCAUCCUCAGGGUUUGGUGCCUUGUUCCAAGAUAGGAUGUGCCCCCCACUAUCUUUUCUUCCUGGCUCGGGCGUGUCAUCUGAUCGUCAUAUGUCGACUACAGUUAAUGAUAAGGAAGAUAAAUUCGAGCUCAUCGGUGACGUUGCGGAAGUUUUCAAUGAUGGUGUUGUUGAAGCUGUGGCUUCACAGGCUCCUGCUGUGAGUGAGGUUGCCGUUGCUGCUGCUGACUGUUGGUUACCUGUUGCUACCUUGCAGCAUGUUAUUGAUGCGGUUCAUUCUUUUACCGGCUUGAACUGGUGGGCUGCCAUAGCAGUGACAACACUUUUGAUUCGUGGAGCAACUCUUCCGCUUUUGAUUAAUCAACUUAAAGCUACUAGUAAGAUGACGCUAAUGAGGCCACGCCUUGAGGAAAUCAGGGAGCAAAUGGCAAGCAAGGGUGGAGAUCCCCAAGCGAUGGCUGAAGGUCAAUAUGAAAUGACCAAGCUUUUUAAGGAGUAUGGCGUGACACCGUUUACUCCACUGAAAGGGCUCUUUAUUCAGGGUCCCAUCUUUGUCAGCUUUUACAUAGCUAUUACAACUAUGGCUGAGAAAAUGCCAUCUUUCAAAAGCGGUGGAGCAUAUUGGUUUACGGAUCUCACCACUCCAGAUAGUUUGUACAUCCUUCCAGUUUUGACAGCACUGACAUUCUUGAUAACUGUUGAGUGUAACAUGCAAGAAGGUAUGGAAGGGAAUCCUGCUGCUGCAACUAUGAAAAAUGUGUCUAGGGUGCUUGCUCUUUUGACAGUUCCAUUUACCAUGAGUUUCCCAAAGGCGAUAUUUUGUUAUUGGAUCACAUCAAAUUUGUUUUCCCUCUCCUACGGCCUAGUGCUUAAGGCUCCUGGUGUGAAGAAGGCUUUAGGCAUUCCUGAAAUACCUAAACAACCAGCGGCUACUGCACAACGACCUUCUAUUGAUCUGUAUUCAGCUCUCAAACAAACUCUCCAACAAGCUAGAAAAGCAGCAGAAGGAUCGGCCUCAGCAUCUGCUGCUGCACCGACAAAAGUAUCGAGCCAAAGCAUAUCUUCUUCUUCGACUAUCAGUCAGCGGAUUAGACAAUUAGAGAAACAAGUAAAAGGAAGGAAGAAGAACAAGAAGAGGUGAUUUCUUAGCCCAUUCACCAUUGUUAGGGAAUUCUCCUCCACCCAAGACUUUUCUUUUCCUAAAAAAAGUAAAUUACAUGUUGCAAGGCUUCGGUCUGGCUAUGAGAUCGAUUCCCCAAUUUACGGGAUUUCUUUAUUAAUCUAUGUUA